GCUCAGGCAUUCAGUCCUUCCCAUCGAGUCCUUGCUAUCUCGUGUUCAGUUUCCUGUAGGCUUGAGAUAUCGAACCGUUGGGAGCCAUUUCAAAACCACCGCAGCAAAAGCGUCAAUGGCGAUCUCAUUUUUACCGUAUCUUAACCACCUUCUCUGAUUCUCUCUCUCUGCGUUGUGGAAAAUUGGAAAACCACUACCUUUCUCUGCUUUUUUUUCAUUGGAUGCUACUUUAGUCAGCACCAUUGUCUCUGGAAAAUCAUCAUAACCACUACGUUUUUCACAACGCACAUUUUAUGCGCUACAUCUCGGUUUGGUGUUCCUAUUUAGCAUUUAUUGGGUUUUUUCCCUCUCUCCGAGAAGCGUUUAACGUGCAUUCCCGAGCAGAGAAACUCCUCGGUUCAGAUCUGGAAGGGAUGAAACAGCUCGUUAUCUGCUUGAAGGGUUAGAGAUAUUGACAAAGAGUGAAAGAAUGAAGGUUCUGGGUGUUAUUUUCUUUUCGAUUUUCUUGGUGGGUUUGGUUUUAUUUCAAGGAAAUGCGGACCCAGUUGAGGAUAAGCGAGCUCUGCUUGAUUUUAUGAACAAUAUUCCACACUCUCGCUCUCUCAACUGGAACGAGAGCUCCCCAGUGUGUCACCACUGGACCGGUGUGACUUGUAGUGCGGAUAAUUCUCGCGUAAUAGCUGUCCGAUUGCCUGGAGUUGGAUUUGACGGUCCGAUUCCGCCCAACACUAUAAGCCGCCUCUCAGCUUUGCAGAUUUUGAGCCUCAGAUCCAAUGUCAUUACCGGCGGUUUUCCUUCUGAUUUUGCUAACCUCAGAAACUUAUCUUUUCUGUACCUUCAAUUCAAUAACUUUUCGGGACCAUUGCCGUCUGAUUUCUCAGUUUGGAAGAACUUAACUAUUGUCAAUCUGUCUUACAACGCUUUCAAUGGGAGCAUUCCUUCUUCGCUCUCGAAUUCAACUCAGUUGGCAGGUUUGAAUCUUGCAAACAAUUCACUUACUGGGGAAAUUCCUGACCUCAAUCUGUCGAGAUUGCAAGGACUAAAUUUGUCUAACAAUUAUCUGAAUGGUAGUGUGCCUAAAUCACUUCAGAGGUUUCCAAGGUCGGUGUUCAGCGGCAAUAACAUUUCUUUCGGAAGUUCUCCUUCCAACCUGCCUCCGGUGCUUCCACCCUCUUCAGCAGCUUAUCCGAAGCCUAAGAAUUCAGGGAGUCUUGGCGAAGCGGCAUUGUUAGGAAUUAUAGUUGCUGGUGGUGUUCUAGGGGUUGUGGCAUUUGCUUUUCUAAUCCUUGUUUGCUGCUUGAGAAGAAAAAGGGAACUUAGGUUGUCGGGUGAGUUGCAGAAGGGAGAGAUGUCACCUGAAAAAGUGAUUUCAAGGAGUCAAGAUGCGAACAAUAAACUGACUUUCUUUGAGGGCUGUAACUAUGCAUUUGAUUUGGAGGAUUUACUGAGGGCUUCUGCUGAGGUACUGGGAAAGGGGACAUUUGGUGCAGCUUAUAAGGCGAUUCUAGAGGAUGCAACCACCGUGGUGGUGAAGAGGUUGAAGGAUGUUAGCGUUGGGAAGCGGGAUUUUGAGCAGCAGAUGGAGGUAGUGGGGAGUAUCAGACAUGAGAACGUGGUGGAGCUAAAGGCAUACUACUAUUCUAAAGAUGAGAAGCUGAUGGUGUAUGAUUAUUACAGCCAGGGGAGUGUCUCGGCUUUGUUACAUGGCAGAAGAGGAGAGGACAGGACGCCCUUGGACUGGGAUACCCGACUGAAAAUAGCUAUAGGUGCGGCAAGAGGCAUUACUCGUAUACAUUUAGAGAAUGGUGGGAAGCUUGUUCAUGGCAAUGUCAAAGCCUCAAACAUCUUUCUUAACUCUCGACAGUAUGGAUGUGUGUCCGAUGCUGGCUUGACAACCAUAAUGAGCUCACUGGCUCCGCCUAUCUCUCGUGCUGCUGGAUAUCGAGCCCCAGAAGUGACAGACACACGGAAAGCAGCACAGCCUUCUGACAUCUACAGCUUUGGGGUGGUGCUACUGGAGCUCCUCACUGGAAAAUCCCCAAUUCAUACAACUGCAGGUGAUGAGAUAGUCCACUUAGUCAGGUGGGUUCAUUCAGUUGUCCGAGAAGAGUGGACGGCAGAAGUGUUUGACUUAGAGCUGAUGAGAUACCCAAAUAUUGAGGAAGAGAUGGUGGAGAUGUUACAGAUAGCAAUGUCAUGUGUAGUGAGGAUGCCGGAUCAGAGACCUAAAAUGCUGGAUGUACUGAAAAUGAUAGAAAAUGUGCGGCGGCUUGACACCGGGAAUCAACCAUCUUCUGGAAACAAAUCUGAAAGUCCAACCCCACCACAACUGGUGGUUGGGAAAGAAUCCUUCACCUCACACUGAGUGAGCCAUUUGUUUUUAUUUUUCCCCAGGCCUGGUGAUGUAUUGUCAGUUCAAUUCAUCCAAGAUGUUUUUCUCCUAUUAAUGAACAAAGUCAUGAUUAAUUUUUAUCAACCUGAUUCAGUAAGGCAGAGUUAGGUCGGGUUGCGUA